AUGUUCUUUUCAAGAUUAGCGCGAUCAUCUGUUCUCAAAAGGGCUUAUUCUUCCACCGGCGCGGAGACCAACAUGACAGCACGUGAAAAGGCCAUCCAUUCGAAACUUACAGCAGCUCUUUCGCCUCAUAAGCUUCGUGUAGUAGAUAUUUCAGGCGGUUGCGGUUCGAUGUAUGCUAUUGAUAUUGCAAGUAAACAAUUUGAAGGUUCAACCAUAAUCAAACAGCAUAGAUUGGUGAAUGAUAUCUUGAAGGAUGAAAUUAAGGAAAUGCAUGGUAUACAGCUACGAACUUCUGCUAAAUAA